ACUCACUCAUUGAUAAUGCGAAUCUGGUUUUCAGUCCAUUUGCUACCCACAUACACAUUUCUCGAAAAUCUGAAGUAAUAAUUAUUACUUAUGCUUAGUUAUUUGUGAUUUUGGUAGUUUGAGUUUUAGAAGACAUUAGUUUCAGACUCACAUCCGAUGUGCCGCAUCAAAGUGCAUCUUUACUGGACUUGAUCCUGCGGUUUGUAGAGAAUGUUGGGGGAUUUCUUCUGAACCACCAAAAACGUGGAGUUGAUUCCUUCAAAAAAUCCACUGGCGUGAUUUGUAAUGGGUUAUGCUGAUGUCAAAGACUUUCACUGACGAGGGUCUUCAGAAAGUCAGUCUACUCCUUCCUCCUUGACGCAUCCUCUUGCUCCUCCUCAUCCUCUGAUCGCGAUUGCUGCCUCUGUGCCGCCCUCGCCGCUCGUCCUACGGCCCGCCUCCUAUUGCCACUCAGGCUCGCCCCUCCGCCUCCAUCGUCCAUCUGCUUCGUUUAGCCUCUGCUGCCUGUCCCUCCACCAGCAGGGCCAUGUGGUCUAACUUCGUGCAGCAGGAAGAAGAGGGGCGAAUGGGCAUGGCCUUUGGGGGCGUGGCCGGGGGAGUGGUCAGCCGCGGGGGCAAGAGGGCCAGGGCCCCUCGCAUGAGCGACAGCCAAGAGGGCAAGAUCAAGCUGACGUUCUUCCUGGUGCUCGUGGGCGUGACCCUGACGGUGCUGGGCCUCGGCACGGAGUUCUGGGUGGAGCUGGCGCAGCCCAAGCACUUCCGCAACAACCAGACGUGCGAGAUGGCACACUACGGCCUGUGGAAGAGCUGCGUCCGCACGCUGUGGAUAACCGACAUCGACCCGAAGAGAGAGAGCUGUGGUCCUGCACAGCUGCCUGGACAGUCUAAUUGCACAUACUUCAAGUUCUAUACCUCGGGAGAAAAUGCAGUCAUUUUUAAGAAAACAACAAAUAAAAAUCUGAAUCUAGCCUCAGCCAUGCUGGCAAUCUUCAGCCUGUUUCUCAUGGUGAUGGGCUGCGUGUGUGUCAUAAUGUCCCUCAGCAAAAACGUGCCCUUCCUCCUAAAGCCGGCCGCCGUCUGCUUCCUCGUCUCUGGCGUCCUGAUCCUCGUGUCCAUCAUUGUUUUCCACCAAUCGGUGCUGGCCCUGCUGGCGAGUGACCACAGCAUGCCCCUGAACCACGAGCUGUCCUGGUCGGUGGCGUGCGUGGGCUCGGCCGGCGCCAUCCUCAUACUGGGCAGCAUUCUCUUCAUUCUGCUUGCGUUGCCCUUCGAUCCUCUGGAGAAAUGCAUGCCGCGGACCAGCCGCAGUGACACCUAGAGGCCUGGAGGACAUUUAUAUUUUCAACUGUCUGUGACAUAAAGAAGCUCGUUAAAUUAAAAAAAGACUGAUAAAUUGUUUGAAUGUACGGAACGACAAGAAGGUAUGUAGUAUUCUAUGAUCAUUUUUAGUAAUAGAUAGACCCCAGCUAUUUGCUUAUUGGCAACAAUCAAUACAUUGCAUUGUGUGUGUAUCUGGCCAUUUUAUUUGGACAGGUUGACCUGAACUUGACUCGUUUUGAUCGGUGGUGUUGUAUGUUAGGUCUCUUUAUAGCGGUUGAGAAAUGUCCAAACAGCCCUGCAGUCAUUAGCCAAAUGUCGGGAUGACUCUCCAUGUUGCGGUUUACUUCUGCUACUGUGCCACACUACACACUGGUUGCCAAAGGUCACCACUGUUGGGCCCCUGAGCAAGGCCCUUACCUCGCCAUUGCUCAACAUGUACUCUGUCAUAAUUGUAGGCCACUUUGGAUAAAAGCGUCAGCUAAAUUCCAUAAACGUAAGUGUAAAUCCUACUCUUAAGUGGUUCUCCAUUUGCUUGGCAGCGUGAAAAGCCAUAGGAUAAAAACACCAGGGUAAUGGAACAGUAAGCAACAUUAUUACAUUUUACUUGUCAAGUAAUUUCCACUGACCCAGUCACUGUAAAAAACAAACAAACCAAAAACCCAAAACCACAAACAAGGCCUGCUCCUACCAUGUAACAUUCCACACCAUUUUUCUUAAUAUCUCAUCACAUCCUAUCAUGCCUUUUAUUUUUACAUAUGUCAAAAGCCAUUCCUAAUGGGUUCCCAGUACGAGGGGGUGAAAGGUCAUCAUACUUCCUCAGCACUCACACAGUGGGCUAAAGAGAGCUUUAUUAGGAAAAAAAACUCACUAGAACAUUCUCACGCUGUUAUAUUCAGUAAGCAGGCGUCUCCGUGUAGAGUCGUUUGGAAACCGUUUGUUUGUGCAUAAUUAAGCGCUGUUGUUGUAGUUCAACGUUCGUUCCGGCUCCAAAGCUCCACUGUAGAUGCAGGCCAGUUGCCAGGACCUCUUACACACCGUUUGUGCUGCCUCAUGGCAUUGUGCGGGCAUGGUUUGUAGCUGUUAUGCCCGUCAGAAUCAGUGGCAUAGCCCAGAGCUGUGGGCGAAGGGUCAAAUCAAAGAGAAAUCUGCUGUUUACGGGAGCUUCAAAGUUUCCGGAAGCUUCUCCCUCCAGCAGUAGGCUUGCUGUGACAUUGUUCUUGUGUCGGCUGAACAGCUGCUCUGCAGGCUCGGGUCCUGUCACGUGCCUUUGGUGAACCGCACAGGCCCAACAGUUUGGGAACUCCAGAGCUACAGGAAGGCUGAUGGAGUCGUACUUCUUCAUGCAGGUCAAAUGUCGGUUCAGGUCAAAUGUUGGUCAAGAUACCCUUUGAUGUUAACUGAAAAAUUUAUUUUGUGAAUAUCUAGACCAUGCUGGUAUGAAACUUGGCUCACUGGUUAACUGAAACUGAAAGCCAUCUUAUGCUGUCCCCUGACAUUAUUUUAUUUUUAUAUUUUAGCUAUAAAACUAAAAUAUUUUUAUAUUUUAUAUUUUAUAGGGGUCACCUUGCAACAGAUGUUUUAAGCUUAGCAUAAUUGUGAUCUACUAGUUAGCUUGAAAAUCUCCAGAUAAUUGUAGUUUCAAACCUUGCCCUGUAAUAUAAUUUUUUUUCAUUAUAUUCAAUAUUUAUUCUAAAUAUUUAACCCAUAAAACAAAGCGAUCAUAAACAAGGUUCAACCACAGUCGACAAAAGUCAACUGGUUUAUGAUACUAGGCUAGUGUACCCAAGUGCCACCUUAACACGAAUAAUAAAUAACGCAGGUAAACAUUUGAAUUAACACUCAGAAAAAUAUGAAGAAUGUUGUCAGAGUGCUGUAUGUUUGUCCUGUGUGAAAUGUAAAUGAUGUAUGGAAUGUUUUAUUUGACUGUGUGUCGUACAGACAGACCUUAUUCAAAAGUGUAAAUAAAGUGUUUGUAUUUCACUCUA